AUGACCUUCGGACCAGGUGCCGGAGCCGGCGUGGGCGUCACCGUCCCAAACCCACUCGCCAUCCGCAACGGCGGUGUUGGCGUCGGUGCUUCUCUGCCCGGCAUUGGAGCAGGCCUCAACUUGGGCGGUGCGGGCGGUGGUGCAGGCGUUAACCUCGGCGGUGGCGGAGGAGGUGACUGGGGCGCGAAUGGCCAACAAGGAGCUGGCGUGGGCGUCAAUGGAGAUGCUGGGGCAGGAGGCAAUAGUGGUGUAGGAGGAGGGGCGGGACUUGGUGUUGGUCUCAAUGGCGGUCUGGGUGGGGGAGCUGGUGGACAGGGCCAAGGUCAAGGAGGCGCUGGUGGUAAUUGGGGCGCGAGUGGAGAGCAGGGCGCUGGGGCGGGGCUCAAUGGUGGGCAGGGUGCUGGCGUUGGUGCCGGCGUGGGAGGGUCUGCUGGUGGAGGGCAGGGUGCUGAGGCCAACCAGGGAGGUGCAGCAGGUGGCGGUGUUGGAGGUGGUGUUGGCGGCAACGGAGCUGCUGGUGGUAGCGAAGCAACACCAACUGCCAAUACUGGCACUGGCGGCUCUGGAUCCGUAGGCGGCAAUGCUGAAGCAUCUCCUGAAGCUUCUACUGGUCUCAACGGCAAUGCUGGGGCUGGUGCAUCUACCCCUGAGGCUUCCGCUGGCCUGGGUGUCAACGGUAACUCGGGAGCUGGAAACGCAGGAGCAGGUACCUCCGGAGCAGGCAACUCUGGGGCGCCUGUUGGAGCUGGCAUUGGAGCUGGACUCGGAGGAGCUGCAGGUAUCGGUGGAGGCGCUGGUCUCAUGCCCUCUCCUCUCCCUGGAGUCCAAGCGGGUGCAGCAGCCGGUGGUGGUCCACCAUGCACGGUUAUGGGGGGCCAAGCUCGACUCCUCUACUUCCCACCCGGCGGGAACGUGGGCUCAGGAAACAGCGGCGGUUCAUCAGCUGCCAGCCCAGUCGGCGCACAACCACCGGGUGCCUCCAUCACCACCGCCCCUGGAGCACCUCCAGCCCAAGGCCAGCCUGCACCAGCCGGUGGUCCACCUCUCACGGCAUGGAGCAACACCUUCAACCCAGACUACUGCUACCUUUCCGUCGACACGCUCUACGCCACCGUCGCACCCUCUGGCACCGAAUCCGCCAGCACAGUCGGACCGACCUUCUCCAAUGCGAUCAUCCCCCUCCGCUCAAGCGACAUCUCCACGCGAUGCCCAUCCACAAUGUCCGGCGCUGCGACCAACACUGCAGCUGCGGCAGCACCAGGCCAGUUAGACUUCAACAGCAUGGCAUCCGCCGGCAACGCAGGCGGAGACAUCUGCCACGAAGUCGUAGCACCCGCCGCAAUGGGCACCAUCGUCCCCGAAUGGAGCCACGGCCUCUUCUGGAACCUGAACUUCGAACCGCCACAAGUCCUCCGUCCUGAAGGCGAGGAAGCGUCGCCUACUGCACCAGCGGGUGGUGAGUGCUCUGCGUGUGCCGCACCGGCUUACUCCCCUCCUGCUGGCACGCCGUACCCGACUAUGGUGCCUGCACCGGGUUAUGAAGGUGUUGAAUCAGGUCCCACGACUGCUCCGCAAGGUGUGAGUGCGAGUAGUUUCGGCCAAUACACUGCCACGACGCCGGCAACGACACCUACGACCGCGGCGGGUGCUGUCCCGGGUGUGCCCAGCGCUGGAUUCACUUCCGGCGUAGCCCCAAAUGGGACAACUCCCAUCACACCCCCCACUGGCUCGCCAUCGCAGCCGUCGCAGUACACCGGCGGUGCGGUGUCUACCUUGAAUGUCAGGAGCGGUCGUGGAGCGUCGAUGCUGGUCGCUGGGCUGUUGCUCUCGCUGGUGUUGAUGUGA